ACCCCGGGACCCUGAGCAGUGAGCACUGCACCAUUCAUUCGCCAAGCGCAUCUCAUCUCCCAGCAUCUAGAACUAGAAGAAGAACUACCAAUUCAGAUUUGUUUGCAAAAUCAAACCCCCGAUCUGAACAACAACUGACAAGCCAGCGACGAUGCCUUCGGAGUUCACCGCCGCCGCCGCGAGGAAGAAGCAGCCGGCCUUGCAGAUCCGGCAGGUGUGGGCCGACAACGUGGAGCAGGAGUUCAAGCUCAUCCGCGCCGCCAUCGAGCACUUUCCCUACGUGUCCAUGGACACGGAGUUCCCCGGCGUGGUCUACCGCCCCAGCAAGCACCCCGCCGCCCUCACCGCCGCCGAGCGCUACGCCCUCAUCAAGGCCAACGUCGACGCGCUCCACCUCAUCCAGGUCGGGCUCACCUUCGCCGCCUCGCCGACGUCGCCGCCCGCUCUCGCCUUCGAGAUCAACCUCCGUGAGUUCGACCAGCGCGUGCACCGCCACUCGCCCGACUCCAUCCGCCUCCUGUCCUCCAACGGCCUCGACCUCGCCGCGCACCGCGCUCGCGGCGUGGACGCGCGCUCGCUCGCGGCGCUCCUCAUGUCGUCAGGACUGGUGUGCAACCCGGACGUGGUUUGGGUGACCUUCCACUCGGCCUACGACUUCGGAUACCUGGUCAAGCUGCUCAUGGGACGGAAGCUGCCAAAGUCCAUGGCGGAUUUCCUCAACUAUGUGCGCGUAUACUUCGGACAGCUGUAUGACGUGAAGCAUAUGAUGAGGUACUGUGGCGACCUCUUCGGCGGGCUAGAGCGUGUGGCGGCGACGCUCAAGGUAGAGCGCGCGGCGGGGCGGUGCCACCAGGCCGGCUCCGACAGCGUGCUCACAUGGGACACGUUCAGGCAGAUCAAACAGCUCUACUUCGUCAAGGAAGGCGUCCAGAGUUGCGCCGGAGUGCUCUUCGGGCUGGAGCUCGAGGACACCAAGACCAAGGUGGCCUAUGCGCAUAGAUGAACAAGAGAGGUCCUUGGUUCUCUUGUGCAGAACUCAUUUGCUCCUCCCUUGUGUAGCUCUCAAACUGAAUUUGGGACAUUAACAUGAAAAAAAUGGUUCUUUGGUUGGUUAA